AUGGACGAUACGCUUAUUGUGAAACUUCUUCGUCUUGUGCGAAAUGGCAGGUCUCCGCUAAAGGGUUGUGAGACGUUCACCUUUGGAGAUUUGCAUAUGCUUGACCGGGGCCCAUGUCUUGCAGACGAGGAAAAUCUGCAAGCCCAUCAGGCUAAAAAAGGGCUGGCGUCACAAGUAGCGUUGGUUGUGCAUGUCAAGGGUGCUAUAGCGGAGAUUUGGCGGUUUCAAGACUUUAGGGUGCCGGGUGUGAUGUCUCCCAACUCCAAGAUGCCUUCUGCCAUAGCUGCCUCCCAGGGACUUGCGAUAACGGAGCAACAGGAAAAUUCUCUAAAAAUAUUGAUACGUGUUAUUUUUGCGUAUUUGCGCAUUCACGAAUUAUUUGUGGAUAUUACGUAUGUGGAUGCGGGCGAUAUAGUCUUACGACUGGUUGUGGAUAUGGAUGAACUUCCGCGCUUGGAAACCGAUAGUUGUGUAAAAAAGGUCUGGGCAGUAGACGGGCUGGUGAGCGUCAGUGUCACUUACAACCGAUUAUGGCGUGCCUCCCUCAAGCAAGAGGGAGAUCUGAUAUUGGUGAGUAAUACGGCGACAAAUGUGAAAGGGGAAUGCCCCGCUGAACAACGCGUGGGAAGUGUACUGGCGCAUUGCUCAGAUUCUGUGGGCAGUGGACGGUCCUUUCCAACACCGCACUUUGCACCAGCACCGCUUCCAAGCUCGGUCGGGUCAAGUUUUUUGUUGCAGAAGUGGCCAAAGAGUCCCACAUUGGGCAUGUCGGAGUUUUCCCUUCCGCUGGCCUCGACAUCCAUGACCGAUAACAACUACUCCUAUUACAAGACUCCCUCCCAAGGGGCCGUCGCUGUCGCCGUGGCGGCAUGUGGCACACGUACUCCAGCUGUUCGAGGCUUUACUUUUGCUUCAGUCCCGACGUUUGCGGCCCAUGUGAACGAUUCAGCUUCCGAAGGUGAAAGCGAUGGAACAAGUAAUCAAGAGCAGCUUCACGAAUUGUUGGAAAUAUGUGAGGUGAAUCUCCAGGAGGCAACGACUGGGGUGCAAGAGGUGCUGGAUAUCCUAGAAAAACCAUUGCUCCCUUGA